CUAAUAGAAGAAGACGGUGAAGAAGAAGGUGCCACCAUCUGCUGGCUGACUUGGGAGUCGCAGCUCUUGGUGCUGCUGUGAUCUCACAGUUGCCGCUGUGCAGUGGAGGUGGGUUUUUUUUUUCUGUGUGCAACCAACCGCAAGAAAUGGAUGUGUUUCUAAUGAUCAGACGUCACAAGACUACCAUCUUCACAGAUGCCAAAGAGUCCACCACAGUCUAUGAACUGAAGCGCAUUGUGGAAGGUAUUUUAAAGAGGCCACCUGAAGAUCAGAGGCUUUAUAAGGAUGAUGUAAUGCUUAAUGACGGUCAAACUCUUGGAAAUUGUGGCUUCACAAAUCAAACAGCCCGACCUCAGGCCCCAGCCACGGUGGGAUUAGCUUUCCGUCUGAGUGAUGAUUCAUUUGAGCAGCUGAGGAUCGAGUCUUUCUCCACUCCCCCAGAGCUCCCUGACGUCAUGAAGCCCCAGGACUCGGGCAGCACAGCCAAUGAGCAGGCUGUACAGUGAGGGAGGGGGCGGGGAAACGAGAGGGACGCACAGGGGGGUCAGAGGGAGGAUGCACGGGGGUGGGGGGAAGGCAGGGGUUUGAAUUUUGGGAAGCGAUGUCUCAGCGGGUGAGUCUCACUUCCCGAUGACAGAUCUUCAGCUGGGCAAAAACAAUUACAAACACAGAUUCCCCUUGUUGUAAAUUUUAGGGCAGGUGCUUCAAAGUGGUUCAUUUGUCCUGAAAUUGGUGAACGCAUGCUAGAUAAAUUGAUAAUUUCACACAAGAGCCUUCAGAGAUACCUGAUGGACUUGUCACAACACUGUCAGUCAUCCAUGGGAUUGGUAAAGGCUGAACAUAAAGAAUUGUACCUCGUAUUUAAUUAAUUCUAGUGUUUAUUUGGAGUAAGGUAAUUGCUGCCUUGCUUGUAUUUUUUUUAUUUUGCUGGCUUAAAGGUGGGAGUUGAUAAGGUGUGACAUUUUUAGGCUUUUAUGUUUGUGUGUUUCUUUAUUAAACUAUUACUAGGAUUUAACAUGUCUUUGGCCUGGAUGUGUGUUACGAAAGUAGCUAGGAGUUUGUGAAUUUCUAAGUUAAUAUCUGUAUUUCAAAAACUUUUGAACAAUAAGGAUCGGGGGGGGGAGAAAAAAAAAAAAUAGAUUCACAUGUUGGAAGACGAUCAGGCAUUAAGAUGAACAUUUCUUGGUACUUGGCUGUAGUUUUGAUAUUGUAGCUGCUCACAGAAUGACUGAAUGCACUCAGUCGUGGGUAUCUACAACACAUGUAUCGCUGGCGUGGACCUGGUGUUUGAAAAUAAAAUGACUGACAGCCAUAGCAGCAUUCAAAAAUUGAUUAGUAUAGAGAAUUUUUUUUUUUUUUUUACAUUACUAACAAAGGUGGGGACUAACUUUCCUCUCCAAUGUUUGAUUGUAGCUCAUGACAUCUUGGAUAUGCUGAUGAGUUGUAAACCUAAACCGUUUAAAGUUCAACAGGUACUUUUGAGCCGUACUUGUGUGGGCUGCACAUUUGACUCCCCAUCAUCCCAGAAUCACUGGGAUGAUCCAUUUAGGAUUAGUUCAUGCUGCAACUUGUGUUGUUAUACACCAUUAAUACCGUAAGACACAGUAUUAUCCUAAAAUUAAAGGUGAAUUAGAAAUGAACUCCUCUCCACAUCAAAACGUCAAAUUAAAGUUUAACACUGGGUCUCAUGAUCUAGAAAACUACAAUUUUUAUCAAAUAUCCAACAUUUGUUACAACAGGAAAGUAUACUCCGACCUUGGGGUGCUGAAUGAAAUUGUUGACAUUACCACAUUUGCAAUUUGAGGCUGUUAAACAGUGGGACAUGAUCAAAGUUGCACUUGUAACUGACUUAACAUUAAAACAAUUGUUUUUCA